AUGUCCGAAGUGCUGCCCUUCAGUGAAGCCGAGCAGCGGGGGCAUUAUGCCGAUGGGGGGGAUGGCCAGAUACCCCUCACCUGCCGCCUUCAGGACACCGGCAACUUCUAUGGCAGCUCUGGCCAGGGGGGAGGCAAGAGGCCCCCAAACUUGGCCAGAUUGGGCGCAGCAAGAGAGGUGAGUCUUCAGUAUGAAUCUAUGUGCCCCCCCUCGCCCAUUCCAGCUGCACCCUUUCCCUUCUGCUUGCACCCCAAAACAGAGUGUGUGUUUUCCUAUUAUGCCGUCUGCCUGCACCCCAACAUAUAUUGUGCAGACUGA